AUGAAAGAAGGUCCAGAGGAGUUAGCUGUGAGCUCUCGUCGCAAGAGCGAUGCAUUGGCUAGUCGAGCGAGUCGAGUGAGUCUACAGUGGUCGGUGCCUUCGUUGGAAGGUAAACCGCCGAGCGCUCGGGGUGGCCACUCAGCGGUGUUAGCAGGGACUCACCUGUUAAUCUUUGGAGGUCACUACUUCGGUAGUGCAGGCGGGUUUGUGUACCUGAACGAUUUGCAUCGCCUAGAUCUUGGAACUUCGUCUUGGGCUGAGGUGGUCUUCCCAAAGGAACAACCACGUCGAGAGCGGGUUGAUGAAGGUGAAGCUGAUGCAGUUGUGCUACCAGCUCCACGAUACGGUCACUCAGCAAUACUGUUGAACGAUAACGAGCGUAUGUUCGUCUUCGGAGGUCGCGGUGCACAAGGCGAAGCCUUUCGAGACAUGUUCUUCUUCGAUCUGAACGCCAUGGCUUGGCAACAAGUGCAGUGGACCACGGACUGUCCUGCUGGUCGCUAUGGUCACGCAGUCGCGUCGGUAGAUGACGAGAAAAUGUUCGUCUUCGGUGGUUGGGACGGCAAGAAGAGCAUGAAUGAUCUCUGGGUCUUCGACUCGACCACCUUCACUUGGCGUCGACCGAAAUGUGCGGGUAAACCACCCACUGCACGCCAAAAUCUGUCGAUGGUAGGGCUCUCCAACAACGAAGACAGUCCGCCAUCUCUCCUCCUGUACGGCGGAUACACUGUGAUACCCGAUACACUGCCAGUGUACAACAAGGACGUGUACGUCUUCGACGUUGCAGCGAUGGCCUGGAGUCGUCCCAGACUUGUCGGUGAGUACCCACCCGGCACAUUCGGCCAGUCAUUGAACCUUGCAGGCGCUGGCAGUGGAGCUGAGCUAGCAGUGAUGCUUGGUGGCUGGUCCGGUACUGAGCGUACGCCGCUGUACAUGGGAGACAAGCAACUUCGCGAGCUUGUUCGACAAGAGAGUCGAGAGCAACGUCUCGUCAGUAGCAACAACCAACGUGAACAGAAGCGGAAGAAGCGUGAACGGAAGAAACAACACGAACGAGACCUUCGUACCACCUCCUCGUACGCGCGAGUACUGGACGUGCAGAACAUGGAGUGGCAUCGUGUGACUGCGUAUGGCGUAGCUGUGGCAAACCGCUACGGCCACACAUCGACUCUGGUUGGCCCUCAUCUUUUCCUCUUCGGCGGUUGGGAUGGCAAUCGAGCUCUUAACCAGCUCGUGGUCGGUGAACUCUCCAUCGCUCCAGAACCUGAACCGACCGAGGACUUCUCGAUACACUAA